CUAUUUCUAGGUAUAUGUUUGAAUAAAAUGAACAUUUUAUUAACAUUGUUUUAUUUUAUAAACUACGGAAAACAUUUUUUCCCACAUUCCAAAUAAAAAUAUUGUCAUUUAGAGCAUUUAUUUGCAGAAAAUGAAAAAUGGCUGAAAUAUACUAGUUCCUAUUCAAGUUUUAAGAGUUCAGAAAUCAAUAUUUUGGUGGAAUAACCCUGGUUUUUAAUCACAGUUUUCAUGCAUCUUGGUAUGCUCUCCAUCACCAACCAGUCUUACACACCUUUUUUGGAUAAUUUUAUGCCACUCCUGGUGCAAAAAAAUCAAGCAGUUCAGCUCGGUUUGAUGGCUUGUGAUCAUCCAUCUUCAUCUUGAUUAUAUUCCAGAGGUGUUCAAUUUGGUAAAAUCAGAAGAAACUCUUAAUUUUUAACUGGUCUUUUAUUUUUUGAAAAUAAAGCGGUUAAACAACUUGCUUUCUAAUUGUGUGACUGAAUUGUGUGACUGUAAUUUUGUUUGCAGUACAUUGUUUGUUGGACUGUGCACUGACUGUACUGAAGUUAUGACCUGUAGCGUUGACUCAUCUGUAAAGGCGCCCCCACCGGGAGAAGCAGGGCACUGCAGCUUGUCCUCAGUCUCUCCUGUUUCCCCCUGAGACUGUGGGAAAGUGUGCUGCCGAAAGCCCCCGUACAUUAUCAUGGUAAUUGCGAAGGGAGGUGGUUUGAAGGGGAGGUUUCGGUGGCUGCACGUUUUAAAAAACGAGGUCACUAGCAUCUUAUUUCACCCGCCUGCCAGCCAGCGAAACUGCAGCCACGAAGUUUGUGGAAAGUGGAAAAUAAGAGCGAAUAGAGUGAAACUGUACCCUCAACGUGUGGGGAAAAAAGUUUUUGCUCUUGGUUCAGAGCUUUGGCAUUAAACCAUGACUGCCUCAAAUCUCAGCAAUGGACCAGAGAAGAACUUCAACGCCAAAGAGGAACGAAAGCUUCGAAAACCAUUGAUUGAGAAGAGACGCAGAGAGCGCAUCAAUUCAAGCCUGGAACAACUGAAGGGAAUUAUGGUGGAUGCCUACAGCUUGGAUCAAUCCAAGCUGGAGAAGGCAGAUGUUCUUGAGAUAACUGUGCAACACAUGGAGGGCCUUCAGAGGGGCAAUGGACCAGCUGGAAGUCCAGGUCCCAGCGUGGCCUUUGAGUCUCGCCAGCGUUACAGCAGUGGCUACAUCCAGUGCAUGCAUGAGGUGCAUAAUUUACUCCUGAACUGCCCUGGCAUGGACAAAACCCUGGGGGCCCGUCUAUUGAACCACCUGCUGAAGUCUCUGCCCCAGAUCAGUGGUGAGAGUGGUGCCAGUGCUGGCUCUGCACCCCCCAGCAGUGGAGUACCCACCUCCCCUACCCAGUCCCCUCUUUCUCUCUCUUUUCAGGCCCGCCCUCUACACCCACAGCCCCCUUCCUCCCCAGUGACCCCUCCCUCACCCAUCAGCCCUCACUGUUCUCCCAGCGUGCUCCUGCCGAGAGAGGGGGGUGGUGUCAGGCCACGGGAGCAGCCUUCCCCACCCAGGUCACCCUCCCCCACACCUCAGCCUCCAGCGCAAGUGGCCCUUCCCCCAUUCUUCCCAGGAGGUGACCCCUCUAUGUGGAGGCCGUGGUGAGAGAGCCCAACCCUCCCCCGUCUUUGCCUCGCCCGCCCCCUGCUUCCACCGCUCCCGAAUAGUGUCCAUUACAUCCUCAUCUCCUGGGAUGUUUGAGUGCUGGGACUUUUCAUUCAGGGAGCGCAAGGGGUCACCAAAUAAUAGUAGCCCCCUGGGGGGUUUGUGGCAUCGUCUGAAGCACUCUUCUGUGCCUGAUUUAUUAUGGUGGGUGUGCUUGUUUGGAGAUUUGAAAAACAAAAGAGAACCACCAUCAAGGUUGCUUACAUAGAAAUGUGCAUCUGAAAGAGAAUUGUUCUUUCUCGCCUAAUCAGCCUGUAAGAAAUGUACUUUUCCUUAGCUUACUUGUUUUGAAACAAGCUUUGUAUGCAUGCUUUCUUUUUUUUCUUAUGUUUUUCUUUCUUUUGUUUCAAGGAUUAGUGUGGCCUUAUGUUUUAUAUUAUGCAUGUAGUGUAGACUUUCUGUUACAAAAUAAUUGAUGUUUUCCUCCUUCAGUGUAAGACUAAACAGUACACACUGAUCCACCGUGGACACAGUGGAGUAGAAGAUGGAGGAUUUUUUAUUGAAGUACUUCAUCCUUGUAUAUUACAAGAAAAACACGGAACUGGUACCUCAUAUUGAAGCAGUUGAAACUGAUGUUCUUUAUUUCUUUGAGAUCAAUCGUAAGUUCUUCUUUGUCCUGUGAAGUUAGUGGAGGAUAGUGAAGGUUUUGGUCAGUAAAAGGCGGUCUUUUAUGAGACUGAUCAAAUGUUACAUGUUUUUUCUAUGUAUACAAUUUGGAGAUAUGUAACUAAACUGUGAGUUUCAUUGUAGUUUAAUCUUCUGUCCUAGCUUUAUGUAUAAAAUCACUCAUUUCUUUGAUAAAA